AUGAUCGCUUUUGCACAGUAUCUUCUUGCAUGCCUCUCCAUAGCUUCUUAUGUCUCUGCAACACCAUUACAUUUGACGAAAAGACUGACUCGUGGAGUUCAGACUAAUUGCAAGGCAGGUCACUUUGCCUUGACUUUCGAUGAUGGCCCAUACAAGUACAGCAGCAGAUUGAUUGACCAUCUCAAUGAACGAGGAAUAAAGGCUACUUUUUUUGUAAAUGGCAAUAAUUUUUGGGAUUUAGAUGAUGAUAUUCAGGCUCAAAACGUUAUUAAAAAGGCGUAUGACUCUGGCCAUCAGAUUGCCAGUCAUACUUGGAGCCAUGCUAACCUCGACGAACUUUCAAAUCGACAAGUGGAAAAUGAGGUAGUACGGCUUGAAGACGCUUUGAUGAGGAUUAUUGGUGUUAGACCAUCCUUUAUUCGCCCUCCUUAUGGCAACUCUGAGGACCGUGUCACGCAUAUUUUGAACCGCCUUGGCUAUACAGUGGUGAACUGGUCUGUAGACUCCAAAGACUAUGAAACUCAUUCUCUUUCAGAUGAAAUGCACAACUACCAUAGAGAGCUGGGAUCUAGCCAUGAUUCCAAGGGAGGGAUUGGGUUGCAACAUGAUGUAUACAAGCAGACAGCGGAAGAACUUGCUGAUUCAAUCAUUGAUUAUGCUCGGGAACGCGGAUUCAAAUUUUCCACGGUCGCGGAAUGUUUCAACGAGGCACCUUACCAUUAGAGAUGUAAAUAGACUAGCAUGCGGUGUUUCAAGAAAGAUACGAAUUUUCCACCUCCUGG